CGGGCGGGGCGGAGGGUGACGCGCCGGGCGGAGUGGUGCGGGUCUCCGCGUCCGGAUAGAAAUCCCAUUUUCCCGCCGGGGACGGAUUUCUCCCUACGUCAGUGCAGCCGGCGCCGUGUCGGGAGCGAGCUCGGACCGGGGCCGAGUUGCGUCAGUGCCGAGCGCGCGCUUCGCUGCCAGUUCUGGGGCCCCGGCGGGGCUGGGAAGCGGUGGAGCGGGCGGGGGUGGGGGCGACGAGUGUUUAGUGGAACCUGUCGAGGACUCCGGCCGAGAUGGGAUCGAGCGCGCCCUCUGGGACCCUCCACUUCCAGUGGCUGCUGUUGUUGGGCUUAGUGAGCCCAGCCCUCGGUGGGGCUCGGUCAGGUUUUUCACAGACCUCACAUCUCUCUUCUUAUGAAAUUAUAACUCCUUGGAGAUUAACUAGAGAACGAAGGGAAGCCCCUAGGCCCCAUUCAGAACAGGUAUCUUAUGUCAUUCAAGCUGAAGGAAAAGAGCAUAUUAUUCACUUGGAAAGGAAUAAAGACCUUUUGCCCAAAGAUUUUGUAGUUUAUACCUACAACAAGGAAGGGGCUCUGAUUGCUGACUACCCUAAUACACAGAAUCAUUGCCAUUAUCGGGGAUAUGUGGAAGGAGUCUAUGAUUCAUCCAUUGCUCUUAGUGACUGUUCUGGACUCAGAGGAUUGCUGCAUAUCGAGAAUGUCAGUUAUGGAAUCGAGCCCCUGCAAAACAGCUCUCGUUUUGAGCACAUCUUGUAUCGAAUGGACAAUGUCCACAAAGAGCCUCUGAAGUGCGGGGUUUCCGGCAAGGAUGUAGAGGAAGAAAUCACAUGGGAUGAAGAAGACCAGCCUCAUCACAUCACUCAGCUACUUCGAAGAAGAAGAGCUGUCCUGCCCCAGACCCGCUACGUGGAGCUGCUCAUUGUUGUAGACAAGGAAAAGUAUGACGCGAUGGGAAGAAAUCAGACUGCAGUGCGAGCAGAGAUGAUUCGUUUGGCAAACUGCCUGGACAGCAUGUACAUUAUGUUAAAUAUUCGAAUUGUGCUGGUUGGACUGGAGAUCUGGACAAAUGGAAAUCUGAUCAGCCUAAAUGGAGGUGCUGGUGACGUGUUGAAGAGCUUUGUAGACUGGCGGGAAAAGUUUCUUAUAACACGUCGGAGACAUGACAGUGCACAGCUAAUUCUGAAGAAAGGUUUUGGUGGGACCGCGGGAAUGGCAUUUGUGGGAACGGUGUGUUCGAGGAGCCAUGCUGGCGGGAUUAACGUGUUUGGGCAAAUCGCGGUGGAGAUAUUUGCAUCCAUUGUUGCUCACGAGUUGGGUCAUAACCUUGGAAUGAAUCAUGAUGAUGGGAGAGAUUGUCACUGUGUAGUCAAGAGCUGCAUCAUGAAUUCAGGAGCGUCAGGUUCCAAAAACUUUAGCAGUUGCAGUGUGGAAGACUUUGAGAACUUUACUUUAAAGUACGGUGGGAACUGCCUUCUUAAUAUUCCAAAGCCUGCUGAGGCGUAUAGUCCUCCUUUCUGCGGCAAUAAGCUGGUGGACCCCGGGGAAGAGUGUGACUGCGGAACUCCGAAGGAAUGUGAAUUGGACCCUUGUUGUGAAGCAAAGACCUGUAAGCUUAAAUCGUUUGCUAAGUGUGCCUAUGGCGACUGUUGUCACAAAUGUCAGUUCCUUUCAGGAGGUACUUUAUGCCGAGGAAAAACCAAUGAAUGUGAUGUUCCCGAGUACUGCAAUGGUUCUUCUCAGUUCUGUCAGCCAGAUGUUUUUAUUCAGAAUGGGCACCCUUGCCGGAAUAACAAAGCCUAUUGUUACAACGGCAUGUGCCAGGAUUAUGACAUUCAGUGUCAAGCCAUCUUUGGCUCAAAAGCCAAGGCUGCCCCCAAAGAUUGUUUCAUUGAUGUGAAUUCCAAAGGUGACAGAUUUGGCAAUUGUGGUUUUUCUAACAAUGAAUACAAGAAGUGUGCCACUGGGAAUGCUUUGUGUGGAAAGCUUCAGUGUGAGAACGUACACGAAUUACCUGUCUUUGGAAUUGUACCUGCUAUUAUUCAAACUCCUGGGAGAGGCACCAAAUGUUGGGGUGUGGAUUUCCAGCUAGGAUCAGACGUUCCAGAUCCCGGCAUGGUGAAUGAAGGCACAAGAUGUGACGUGGGAAAGAUCUGUAGAAAUUUCCAGUGUGUAAAUGCUUCAGUUCUGAAUUAUGACUGUGAUAUUCAGGGAAAGUGUCAUGGACAUGGGGUAUGUAAUAGCAAUAAGAAUUGUCACUGUGAUGAUGAGUGGGCUCCCCCCAACUGUGAGACUCCAGGAUAUGGAGGAAGUGUGGACAGUGGACCUGCAUAUAAUGAAAAGAAUGCUGCCUUGAGGAACGGACUUCUGAUAUUCUUCCUCGGAAUUGUUCCUCUAAUUGCAAUCGGUAUUUUUGUCUUCAUUAAGAGGGAUCAGCUAUUGAGGACCUUCAGAAAGAAGAGAUCACAAACAUCGGAUGGCAAAAAUCAACCAAAAGUUUCUAGACAGCCAGGGAAUGCUCCUGGACAUGUUCCCUCAGCGACGGCUCCCAGAGAAGUUCCUGUAUCUGCAAACAGAUUUCCAGUACCAACUUAUGCAGCCAAGCAGCCUCAGCCAUUCCCAUCAAGGCCACCUCCACCACAACCAAUAACAACUCAGGGAAAUAUAAUUCCUGCUCGUCCUGCUCCUCCACCUCCUUUAUAUAGUUCCCUCACUUGAUUUUUUUUUUGUUGUUGUUGUUACCUUUCAUUUUGCAGAUAUCUUCAGGGAACUGAGCUAAUAUUUUUUUUUCCUGAUAUUUUCUUGAAAAGCCUUUCUUCCUGCUGCAAUUAUGAAUGAAGACAAAAUACCACAAAACAAACUUUAUUAAUACAGAAAAACAGAACUUGAGUCGUGGGAAAUGAGAAAUAGAAGAAACGCAGUGAAGCCAGGGAAUUUAGAAUAACAUUUUCAUUUCCAUUACUGAAUACGCUAUAUUCAGUCAUCUGUGAGGUUAAUGCACCUGACAUGGAUUAUGUUAUUUGAACAUGUCAUUGUAAUGAAUUUCAAAUUAACUAUAUUGGUUUAAGUUUUGUCACUGUGUGCUUAAAUGUAAUUUUGAAUUUUGACCUUAGUUAUCAUUAAUGUAGUUUCUGGUUGAAUGUGUAAUAAUCUAAUACCUAUGAAAACCAACGAAUUAGCUGCCGAUAAUAUCUAAUAUUUCUCAUCUCGCAUGGACUAACCAUCCUGUGCUAGAAAGCUUGUCUGUCUUAUUCAUUACAUGAAUAAAGGAAUAUUCUGUUUUCAGAAGAAUGCACAGAACCCACAAUUAAGAUAUCAUAAUAUUUUUUUAAAAGUGCAGAACACACUAAAAAUGUGUGUGUUAUUAUCUUCCACUUUUAUGAACAUUCUAUGGAUAAAUGAUUCUAUGGAUUCUAUGGGUAAUAGAUUCUGUGGGUCUAUCUAUGGAUCAUGAAUAUUAGGAAAGUUAAUUUAAUAAUAGAAUUUCUAUUAUGGAUCGUGUUAAAGCAUAGCAUCCUUUUACAAUAGCAUUAUUUUAAAUAAAUUAUAAACUUUAAGGUACGAAGUAUUUAAUAGAACUAAUCAGAUAUGCUGUUGAUUCAUGGCUAUAAUUAAAAGCAGGAGCAAUUAUAAUAUCUUCCAUCAAUUGAACUAUCAUAGAACCACUUGAGAAUUUCAUAUGCACUUUAAGUCCAAAAUCUGAAACUUCAAAACCUGUUAUUAAUACAAUUUAGAAUGUUUACAUUUACUAAGAUGUGCUUGAUAAUGUCUCACUUGACAGUAAUAUUUUUAAAGGAAUUAGAGUGGAGAAAAGAAGGACGAAAAGGUUUUCUUAGAUAAGUGCGAAAAAGUUAGUGUGGUGUCUGUGAGUUAUUGUCCCAGCUGUGAUUAAAAAAUGAAUUUUUACCAUGGAAGAAAUGAUAUGCACGAUAAAAAUUUAAGCACUUAAAAUUUUUUCAUAACCUUUCAUAAUAAAGUUUAUUAAUAAGUUUAUUAACUGAAUUUCAUUAGUUUUUCAAAAAAAAUUUUGGUUUGUGUAUAAAUACAUAUACAAAUAUAAGAUUUACAAUAAAUAAAAUACUUAAAAUUCUAAUUUGUGUCACCCAGUAACCUCUUAAAUACUCAGCUAUUUAUAACCUUAUUAAUUAAAACAUUAUACUAGUUUUAGAUAAAACUACAAGUUAAAUAUUUAUAGAAACCAUCUCAUUGAGUUUCCAGACUUCUGCCAAAUUAUGAACAAUGGCUUUUUGUUACUAAAGGAAAACAGAUUAGUUUUGAAAAAGACACAUCUCAGUCCUCUGAAGAUGGUACAUUAUUUUAACCAUCAGGUAUAUAUUAAAAAUUGUAAACAAUCCCAAAUUAAGAUUCUUCAUUUCAAUUUAAAUCUCUGAAUGAAUUAAUUUAUGAUUAAAAAUGUUUUUUUCACUGAUACAGACCCAGUUUUUGCAAUUAUAAUUCAUAUCACUGAAAUUUUACAGUUGUUAUUAUAUUAACUGCACUUAAAACUUUUCUCAGAUAAUUCCUUGGAUCUUUGAAUAUUUAGAAAGUUUUUCUAAAAGACCACUUGAUCAAUCUAACCUUCUUUUGCUUUUAUACAUAUUUUUACAUAUUUUAUAUGCUUUUCACUUAGGUAUAUCUUUGACUUAUCUUGGAUUGUUAUUAAAAAUUAUGAACUUUCUUGGGCAUAGAUGCCACUACAAAAUUUGAAAAAUAUUAAAGGGCUUCCUUGCCAUCUGCUAAAGAUAUUUUAGUAAUCAAAGAUAAAUUGUAACUUUGACAAUCAGUGUAUGACUAUGUUGACAAAUUGAACUGUUCAAGUUACUGCAUUUUCCCUUUCUAUCAAGAAGAUGCCUGGGUCUCUAACCAUAUGGUUAAGCACAAUCCAGGUUUUCUAAGCACAAGUCAGAUUUUAUUAAAUUCUAUAAAUGUUUACUGAGACUAUCAUCUUGCAGGUACCACGUUAGGUACUGUGAUAGAUAAGUUCUGGAUGGGACAUGCCUCCGUUUAUAGAGCCAUAUACGCAAGAACAAUGUAAAGUCUGCUCUUUUAAAGAUUUAAACAGGAAAGUUUCAAAAGAAGGAAAUAAGAAAGAAAUACAGUAACUAGAAGUUCAUUAAAAAUACUUAACACUAAUUGAGAAGUCUAAGCAUUUGCAGUAAUGGUUCCAAUGCUGUGAAGCAAGACGAAACAGGCUUUUGGCUCAACUAUCCAUUAAAAGAAGUGUUAAUCUAGCAUUGUCUGUUCCUGUUGAUACACAAGCUAGGUGUAUACAGCUGACCCUUGAACCACGUGGGUUUGAACUGUGCAAAUGCACUUGUAAAUUGAUUCCCCCCGCCCCAAUAAAUAUGGUGGCACUCCCUAUCUGUAGGUUCACAUCCGGGGAUUCAGCUAACAGCAGAAGGCAAACAAAUCUGUGGUUGGUUGGAUCUGCGGAUGCGGAGCUGGAGGGCCAAUGCUGGAACCUCGGUUUCUGGGGAUUUGUGUAUCCACCAUGGAUCCUGGAACCCAUCUCCCCUUGGAUACCGAGGGGCUAACUGUAUUUUUGUUUCCGUGUUUCUGAUACGCUUUUUCAGGCUUAGAUUACCCUGUCAAAAUCCUAUGCAGCCAUGAAAUCACAUCUCAAUGGUCAGUUCAGAUGUGUUGCUUCCCCAAGUGAGCUUUUCUGCGUUACCACGGGAACUUCUAGCUUGUGCCUGUCGUUCUGUUAAUUGGUAUGAGAGAUUAAUUCCUUCUUUGGGAUUUGAAAAGAAAGAAAGUGCAUAUAGGUGGAGACCGGAAGGUAAGGAUAGGAGGGAGGAGGCAUUGCAGUCCGAGGGAGUAGACGAUGUUAAUUCAGGGAAGACCAGAAGUCAGUGGUCUUUGCACUAGGGAAUAGGAGAAAAGAGGCAGCAGCCUGGGUUCUGAAUUUAGAAAAUUUUGAAUACUGUGUUGAGGCAUGUGGCUAGAAUUUUCUACUGGAACGUAUGUGCCGUAAUCAUGGGCAAGAAUCUUAUCCAUCUCAUUCACUACGUGAAUGAAUGAAUAUGCAUUGUACCAAGAAGUUACUGAACAAGAGAAAACCAUCACAUGGAUUUUUGCUGAAAGUCUGGGGAGAACCACAACGACUGGAGGAAGAAGUAGACAGCCUGGUUACAAGGUGUAUUUGGGCAGUGGGUGUGGGAAAAACCGUAGACGGUACUUUCCGAAGGUAUCAAAAUCUCACUUUCCCCUUUCUUGGAAUCAUUUUUAUGUAUCUGGCUUUUUUAAAAAUUAAAACCACCAGCUUUAGUAAA